AUGAACCAUGAUGAUACGUCAAGCUCGCCCGCCCCAGCUGCCGAAAUCCCGUCAUCGCGACAGAUAGAAGACUACGAUACGAUACCGAUUCCCACGGCAACCGAUGCCGAGUCAGAGCCUGGGGCCGCGGAUGCGGAUGCAGAUGCGGAUGCAGACGCAGAUGCAGAUGGCGAUGUAGAUGGUAACGACGGCGGGCCGCAGUCUCGCUCGCGGCGUCGGCGCAGGAGGAAGGCCAAAAAGGACCGUAAUCCCGGGCUUGCCAAGAAGCUGUCCUUUGUGACACAUCUACUCAAGACGCUGGAUUUACUCGCUUUUGCCGAACUAAGCGGCCUGUAUUAUAUGGAGUGCUCCAUGUUUCGAUUUCUCCUUCGCGCAAUCGGCCAAUACAUGUACCUUACUCCGAAAGACGAGGCCUUUCCCUUCCUCAUGCCUGCCAGCAGGGUUCACGUUCUUCUCGUCGUUAUCCCAAACUUCAUAUGCAUCUUCCUGCACCUCUUUACAUCGCUGCCACGGGGACCUGAUUUCCACCGCGGCUACCAACACGGCGGGCUUGUCAUUGAUUUCGUCGGGCAACGGCCCCCAACGUAUAGAAUAUACUACUUGCUGGCCGACUUUGCUAUUCUUGCCAUUCAGUGCCUCAUGUUGACGGUGCAUACGCAACGAGAGCAGCUCCGCGUCAUGUUGAGGACGUUUCGGCCGAUAUUGCCUGAAAUCGCCGAGGAGUUGGAGGCGGCGGUGCGCUCAAUACAAGAUUUGGAUGCCGAGGAGCGAGGGGUAUCGCUGCAUGCCCAAAAUAGCGCUGCUGCUGCUGCUAGUGUAGACGAUGGCGGAGGCGUCGAGAUGCGCGAGCGCAACGGGUUUCACCAAGCGGGAGAGGCGGGUGAGCAGACUGGUGAGGCGGAGACAUUGCUGCGAGAGAGCACGAGCGAGGGCUCAUCCAGGGCGCAACUUGCGGAUAUAAUGAACUCUGGGAAUGCGGUGGUCGGCGAGUAUUACAUUGUACAAUCAGUCUUGUCUGCUGCUGGCGAUCUUGAGCGUUCAGCGGCACAUUCGCUCCGUUCAAUAAGUUACGGGGCGACAUUGGCCACCCUACAGGCGAGGAGAAGGGCGGUCAUUGCCCAGUCUGCUGCAAUACGACCAAAUAGAUAG